AUGGAAAAGAACUUCUGGCAGAAGGAGAGAUGGUCUUUGUUCAUCUCUACACGGAUUCACACGGCUUGGGGGCUGCAGAGGCUUGAUGCUGGCAGGGUGCAGCCGGCUGAAAAAAAGGCCAAGCGCGGCUGCAUUGGAUCUCCCAAAGGGACCUUAGCUGCCUUAGCGUCCAUGAUGAGAUAUGGCGAGGUGGUUGAGGCGCCACAGCCAGCCCAAGCGCAGCCUCAGCCGGCGGAUGUGCCAGUUCCGCAGGCUGCUCGGUUUGUCGUGGAUGUGGGUCAAGCCAUGAAAAAAUAUGCCGUUUUUCUCAAUGAAAUGUGGCCCAAAUCUGGCUCUUUAGCACAUGUGAUCCUCUAUGGAAGCCCCAAUGAUGUGAAGAUCAAAGCACAGGAGUGGGCCGAACUGUGCACCAAAGAUCUGUACAAUUCUCUGCUGGUUGUGCUGGAUCUCAUCCUGGCUCUCAGUGGUCUUCCUGGGGCUGUCACUGAGAAGGAUUUAGAGGCAGAGCCUCACCACCUUGUGAUUAAGCUGCCAGAUUGGGUGAAGGAUCAAAACUUGGAUCCCACGAUCUAUCCCUUGCUGCCUUCGAUUCCAAAGAGUCGCCGCUCCGUGGCGAACCUGGAGAAGUUCAUCGCCUUCGGCAUUGCCGAGCAGAGCGGUGCAGCUUUGCUGGACACGCACAUGAUAGCUUCCCUGACGGCCUGGUUGCUGGUGCUGCCCAACGCUGCCAUUCGCUCAGUGCGGCACGUCAGCACCAUCGUGGCCCUGUCUGUGGCGGAGGCCUUGGGGCAUCACUUCCAGUCACUGAGCCAGACCCACGAAACCUUAGCACGGCAGCUGGCCAGUCAUCGGGAGCUUGGCACCCUCAUCCAGCGCCAGGAGCAGGUGCUGAAGCGUGACGUGGUAAGUUCCGCCAACCACACAAAGGAGAUGAAUCGGGCACGAAAUCAGCUGCUUGAAACCAUCAUCCCACUGCGUAGUCGUGAUGUGAGUGAAGUGAUCCGGGUGUACACCUUGGGUCAGCUGGAUCGAUUGAUGAAGAUGGAUCCAGAGAUGUACAUGCAGAACAAGUGGACAGCUCGAGUGUUCCUGAUGCUCCACGACCCUCAUGUGGAAGUGAGGCUGAAAGCGCUGAGUGUCAUGACCCAAUGGUAUGCACCAGACAAGAAGAAGUCAGCAGCUGUAAAGGAACAGUUGGCCAAGUUCGGUCGCAGCGCCUUGCCGCAUCUCUUGGAGCGUGUGGCCGAUGUGGAUCCGCGCGUGGCGGCCUCUGCAGUGCGCUGCUUGAAGCAGCAGACCUUGACGGAGAUGCUGAAGGAAGAAGAGUUCGACAACGUCGCCAAUAUGGUGAUUGGAAGUCGUGAUGUAGUUGUUAGAGAAGAGGCAGCGCUCUUCAUCAAUGCUCACGUCUUCCAAGAUCCAGGCAUUUGUGCCAAAGAAAAGCCCAAGACCAGGCGAGGAGACAAGGAGGAUGGUGGCCGUGGCGAUGUGGAAGACGACAACCUGCCGGCCGCAGAUCCGGUGCGGGAUCUCCACAACUCCGAGACCGCAAUCUCCAUGCUUGUGGAGUACAUCGAAAACUACAUGGAUGGCAAGCUACGCAUCAUUGAACGUUUGGUUGGUGCCUUUUGGCCUCGUUCGCCUGCCUUGUCGCACUGGAGCACCAUCAUGAACUUGUGCCUGGUGGGGGAAGGCACACGAGUAGGGAUGGAGCCUAUCACCAGCAAACAGCGACUCUACUUGUUGUACAUCUUGGAGGCGGCUGUGAGGCGGGCGGAGGAUGAGGCACGCAAUGCCCGGCCCAGCGAGAAAGAUGAGACCGCCACGCGGAUGAACGAGGCGUGCAUGCAGAUCAUCCCUGAGAUGCCAAGGUUAAUGGACAUUUGCAGACCCGAGGAGGAACAGUUCCUGCUGCUGAUGCAUGUGUGCAAGAUCCUGGUGGAGUAUGCUGUUCAAAGUUCUCAGAGCCAGGUGCUGGUGAAUUCCAAGGUCCUUUGUCAAGGCCUGCGGAAAGCCAUUGAGGACGUUUCUCCCAUGGAGACCAUGAAAAACAGCGCCGACAGCUUGCUGGCCUUAGCCAAGUGCUUUGAGGAAGCAAAGAACACCUUUCUGGAUCUCUCCAAGCAGGUGCACCUUGCCUGCAGCAAAAUCCUGGAAGAUCCAAAAGUGAAGGAUCGCAUGGAGGAGUUGCGCCCUGUGAUGAGCCGCUUUCUGGUGCUGGCCAACCGCGGCAUCGACACGUCCUUUGGCUCGAUGUCACUGAUCCAACGGAUGUUACGCCUGCUACGGGAUCGCGUGAACUUCAUGAAGGAGAAGAGGAAGCGUGCAUCUGCGGAGGAGGUGAAGGACGAGCAAACCACCCCAGCCUCCGCGACGCCGCGCACGCCCGCAACACCGCGCACGCCGGCGACGCCUCGUAGAGAUGAAGAUGGCCAGCCUCGAAAACGACGACGUCAGGAGACUCCACAAGCACCCGAUGUCAGGCUGACUCUGCAGCUGUUAGAGGCGGUGGUACUUUCGGUGAUGUGGCAUGUCCGCACCAGCUAUUGGGUGCAAUCUCAGAGCACCUCCGAAGAGGGCCUGCGAGCUGCUGAGAGCCAGGUCUCAGAGUUGCUACAGGGCUUCAGUGAACUGGAUGCCUUGCGUGCGGAGCUUCCGCGUAUGAUGUCAGAGGUCCGCAGCUGCUGCUGUGAGUUGGUGGACAGUGACAUGAGUCCUUAUGUGCAGUUCCAUGCUUACUCGGCCUACAUGACUCUGGUGCAGCUGUGUGUGGGCGUGAGUGAGACUUUGAGUUUGGAAGUUGAUGAGAAAGGGCGUCCAGCAGCUCCCAGUGGCUGGGGAGCCACCUAUGAGGUAAAGAUUCCACAGUCGCACAUGGAGGUGAUCUACAAAUACCUCAACCACCUCUUUGUCAAAGUCACAGAGGCGGACGUUGAAGGCAUUACUUUCAAUGGCGAGGGUCAUCGAGUGGAGCCAACUAGCAUUUAUCCAGCACCAUCUCAGAACAUGAUGACAUCUGUUCGACAUUUGACCUUGCGCACCAUGCAGACACCUGGUACGGGCCCAGAGGUGUCCGGCCUGGUGAAACCCUUGGACGCAUCAGAUGAAUUGUUGUUGGCCGUCUUGGCCUCCCGUAGCAUCUUGGAGAGCGAGCUGCAGGACAUUUACACAGGUCCCUUGGGAUUGCUUCUGCUCACGCAGUGUGAGAAGGCCAGGCCAAAGCCGCUUCGGGAGGUGCCAAUUGAAGAUAUCCACAUCCCUGUGCCGCUGAUGGCUGAUGGAUCCAGAAGUAUCUUGGAGGCGUGGCUGGAGGUUUGGGUCUUGGCCUUUUCGUUGUGGCUGGCGUUUGAAGCCAGGCAGUUUCAAGGGGGCCUUGUGGUUGGGGGCAUUGGUCCCCGCUUCUUCGGGCUGCUGGGCAUCGAGUCGACGGUGCCCUCCCCCGCGCUGCGCGUGGCCUUGACCUGGAAGCAACGGCUCUGUCGCCCCGAGACGGUGGACGUCACGGCGGAGGCCAUGGCAGCAGUUGCAGUGAUUUGCGGCCGCAACAAUGGUCUCACGUUGGGUCCGAUAGUUGCCUGCUACAAUGAGUACAUUGACAAACUCCCUGCAGAUGAUGCCAUCUUCGCCCUGUUGAGGGAGCGUUUUCAGGAGGUGGCGGAAGACAUGGAUGAAGCGGUUCUCGCGCAGCUUCAAGAUGCACAGCGACCAUCGGAGGCCCGUUCCAUCAUUGAGAAGGGCCGCGCUGCUUGGGGCGCUCCAGAAAAGUCGCUGAUCCCGAACCACACGCUCUUCUCCUCGUGCGAGGACAGAGUGGAGCAACUUAAAAAGGUCAUAGAAGGCGACCUGACAGCCCGUCUAGAAUUCACCACUACCAGGAGAUCCAUUGAAAGUUUAUCUCAGGAAGUGGAGCUGGAGUUUCACAGUUGUCACACGCCGUUGCGUGCACGAGUGUUGAAAGCCAAGCAGUCCCACAAGGCACGAGUUGAGCUCGAGGUGCAAUCGAACUAUGGAUGGCCGCCCAAAGGGCAGCCUGCCUUGCUCAUCCGUGCUGCGCGCUGGUUUGCUUUGGAACUUGGCAGCGAACACCCGGCGGUGGAGGAUUUCCUCCGGGCGGCGCUACGGGAGCUGCGAAAGGUGGAGUUCUCUGCGGAGCAGGUCUUGGCACCCGUCGAGGAAGCAACCGAUGAGAGGCGCAGAAGGUUGGCUCUAUGGCCUCCGGCACCCAAGCUGAUUCAGCAGGGGAUCACUGAGCAAUUGGAAGAGAUCCUGAACAACGCGAAGCCAAGUUUGCAGCACUACAGUGAGGAACUUGCCUUGGAAUGCCCCAACAUCCUGAAACGCUUCAGCGGGAUUGAGAAAGAGGCUUUCGUUGAACGUUGCAUGAAAGAUGCCAAGAAGACAGCCAAGCAACUCCGGAAGAGUUCCGACACAGCAGAUCAGGAAGAGCCCCGACUCCACGCGGCGGCUCGGCUCUUCCAGCUGCUGGAGGUUUUACAGGGUGAAGGCAAUGCUGGCAUGGCGAUGGCCAUUGAGCUGGGUGCGGACUUUGAACGUGAGCUGCAAGAGGUGAAACCCCUGAUCGCGCUGACGCGACCAGAUUUGCUGUUCGUGGAAGCAGAUCUGGAUGAUGGCUGGCACCGUCCGCCGGAUUUCCGGCUGCUGGAUCAGCCAGUGGCUGAAGCGGAGGCCCAAGGAAUCGACAAAGAUGCCACGCAGCGGGCAGCAACCCCCAAAACUGAGAGGUCGGACAUUAACAUCUCCAUGAAGCUGCACAGUGUGAACCUGCAGGACACUCAAAGCCGCUCUGAGAUUGUUCUGUUGGAGCGAUGUGCCUUGAUCAUAGCGGAGGAGUGUGGCAUUCCUCGGCAGUGGAUUUCCAAUUUACACUUCAAAGCAGAGGGCCAAUUCCCCAGGGAUCCCAGUCGUGCCAAUUCCCCAGGGCCAAUCCACGAAUUUUUGGAGAAGCUGCGCGUGUCGCAUGUGUCGCCGGAGCCAUGGGAUGCAGCAUUGGACAUGGGAGCUUUGAAGAGGUUUAUGAGGUCGGACAACAUCUCGGUGCUGGCUCCUUUGGCUGCGUCUUUGAGGUUACCAGAGGGUAGUCUCCCCUGUGAGGAUCGUCCGAAAGCUGUGAAGGUGAUAAGACAUGGAGAGGAGAAGUUGAUCAUCCCAAAUAAGGAGGCCACCGAACAUGGCAUGCCGCCUUUUGAUAUUCACUCACGUCUAGAGUCCAUGCUCUUGGUGGAUGCUAGUGUACAAGUGGAUCAGUCAGAUGUCAAUGCUCUGCAGAAGCCAAGGGUUCACUCCUUCCCGCUGCGACAUUGCCUGAGCAGAAUUCCAGCUGCAGCUCAGUCCCGCCAGGCACUUGCGGGCUUGCAUUGUCCGAUGUAUCAUGCCGUGGGAGUCUUGCCCAAAGGGCAGCUAGUGUGGAUUUGGCGACAUUGCGGGGUGUUGCUGUUUGCAGAUAUCAAGAUCUUCCCCUUCCAAGAGCAAAACCAGCCCCAAGACCACUUGAGGCGAUGUGGCCCGUCGCUGAUCGACAGUUUCAAGGAAGUGAUGUGCUGGGAUGAGGAGGAGUUGGCCCAGCUAUUUCGUGGGAUGCUUCUGCCACUGGUCUAUCUUCAUGGACGACGGAUAGUUCACAGGGAUGUGAAACCGGACAAUUUUCUGUUUGCAUCUUCAGUAGAUCGGCGCAGUGUAAAGCUGUGCGACUUUGGGACGGCCGCUUUCAUUCCAAAGGUUCCUGGGUUCCUGCGUGGCCGGUUUGGUACAGCUCCGUACAUGUCACCGGAGAUGGCAAAGGGAACCGGUCAUAGCUUUGGAACAGAUGUGUGGUCUACAGCGGCUUCUAUGUAUAUGAUGCUUUUCGGGGAGUUUGUCUACAUGCCUGUGGAGAUCCACAAUGUGAAGGCGGUCAGAGCUUGCAUCAUCCACGACUAUCCCAGGCCAAAGUUUCGACGUCGGAAAGCCAUCAGCGACAUGCACGACGUGCCCGUACCAGAGGAUGCGAUCGCCUUCGUGGCCAAACUCCUCCAGCGUUCCCCCAUCAAGCGCUACACGGCUGAGGAAGCCUCACACUUGAAAUUUGUAAGCGGACUCGAAGCCCGCAAGUCGCUGGUUUGCAAGGAGCCUGCGAUUGUUCGGUGA